GCCUCUCAGAAAAGAAUAAUAAAAAUAAAAUCGUUUCUUGCUAAAAAAGAAACAUUGAAAGCCCACGAUUGGCCCAGUGGGUUUCUAUGUGCUUUCAAAAGCCCACGAAAGCACCUCCAUGGAAGAAAUUGGCAAGGGGGGAGGGGAGUUUUUGUUUCGAAGCUUAAGCUUGAUCCUGAUCCUAACUCAAUAGUUCAACAAUGACGAUAAUGUCAGAUCUUCCACGGGAUUUGUUAGCGGAGAUUCUCAGUAAGGUUCCGUUGACAUCUCUAAGAGCAGUGCGGUUCACUUGCAAAAAAUGGAACGAUUUAUCCAAAGAUCGGAGCUUUCACAAGAAGCAAAUCAUCGAAGCAAAGAAGAAGCAAUUGAAAGAGUUUGAGGUGAUCAUGAUGAGGAAUUUUAGGGUUUAUCUGACGAGUGUCGAUAUCCACAGCGAUGUUGAUCCAUCUUUUACGCCUAAAGGUACACUUAUUAGCUUAAACGAUGAUGCAAAUCAUCAUCAAGUCGAUAAUGUAUCUAAGGUCUUUCACUGCGAUGGCUUACUCUUAUGCAUCACCAAAGACCUUAACUUUAGGCUUGUGGUUUGGAAUCCUUAUUUUGGGCAAAUAAGAUGGAUCAAACCCAGAAAUUCUUAUCACAUUUUGGAUAGUUACGCUUUUGGGUACGACGAGAAUAAGAACCACAAAAUCUUGAGAUUUAAGGAUAAUUAUUACACUUUUAGUGCACAGGAUCAGAUUUGUGAGUUUGAAGUCUAUAGUUUUGAGUCUAAUUCAUGGAAGGUUGUUCUUGAUGUGAGUCCUGCCUGCGAUAUAGAGGCUUAUAACCGUGGAUUGUCUCUUAAGGGGAAUACUUACUGGUAUGCUAAAGAUAAGUAUGACAGAGGAGGAGAGGAUAUUGAUUUCUUGAUAUGUUUUGAUUUCACAUCAGAGAGAUUUGGACCGCGUCUGCCUCUGCCUUUUAACUCUUCUCCUACUUGGGAAGAUAUUGUUACUCUCUCUAGUGUUGGAGAAGAUCAGCUUGCGGUGUUGUUUCAGAGCAAUCGUACAAAGUGGAUGGAGAUUUGGAUUACGAGCAAGAUUGAGCCUACAGAGGUUUCAUGGAACAAGUUGUUCUUAGCGGUUGAUAUGAGAGCACUCACUCGUUUUGAGUUCCUGGCCCAUGCUGGGAGUUUCUUCAUUGACCAGAAGAAGAAUGUUGUUGUGGUUUUUGAUAGAGAUAUGGAUGCCCCUACCGAUCGUGGCAUGGCUUACAUUAUUGGGAAGAAUGGAUACUUCAGAAAAGUGGAUCUUGGGGAAGAUGCAGACUCGAGUUGUUACCCACUUGUCUGUUCUUAUGUUCCAAGCUCAGUGCAAAUCAGGCAGCUAACCUGAUUAUUAUUAUUAACUACUGUUUUCUUUUUCUGGCAUCUUCGAUUGUAUAAAUCUGACCAUUGUUAUCACUUAUCUGGAAUCUCAGAGACAUGGCCUCUACUACAUGUAAACUCUGUUGUGGCUCUUCCAGACAUUUCUUUGAAAUAGUCGAAUGCAUCUUGAACUUUAUCUU